AUGUCCUCGGAUCAAUAUCACACACCGACGAAAGAUCAACCGGAUCAUCCAUCUUCUUCCUCCAACCAUCACCACAAGCAAUCUUUUCCUCCUCAACCUCAACCGCAACCGCAGCAACCGCUCAGCCGCUACGAGUCACAGAAACGCCGCGACUGGAAUACGUUCAUCCAAUACCUAAAAUCGCAGAAUCCACCGUUGAUGGUGUCUCAGUUCGAUUAUACGCACGUGCUAAGUUUCCUCAGGUACUUGGAUCAGUUUGGUAAAACCAAAGUACAUCACCAAGCUUGUGUCUUCUUCGGACAACCAGAUCCACCAGGACCGUGCACGUGUCCUCUCAAACAAGCAUGGGGAAGCCUAGAUGCUUUGAUCGGACGGCUGAGAGCUGCUUACGAAGAACACGGUGGCGGGUCACCAGAUUCUAACCCGUUUGCAAACGGGUCGAUCCGGGUUCACUUGAGGGAAGUUAGAGAAUCUCAAGCCAAGGCUCGUGGGAUUCCGUACAGGAAGAAGAAGAGGAGGAAGACUAGAAACGACGUCGUCGCAGUCAAGAAGGAUGUUGCAAACUCUUCAACUCAUAAUCAGUCGUCCACUUGA